UACAAGGCAUAUAAUCUCUAUAGUUGUUUUAAUUUUUCAACAUCAAAAGUUGUUUUGUUCUACCCACCAGAGAAGUAUUUGUUCUUUCUUCACCGCCAGCAAAAAAAAGAUCGAUCCGUCUUUCUCCUGCGAACAGAGAGAGAGAGAGAGAGAUGAGAGAGCUCUCUGGAAGUAAUGGUCUAGCAUGGCGGCGUUUGGUAUUCUUCGCUUCGAUUGGUUUGCAGUUCGUCUUAGGUCUAUCAGGUGAUUCCAAGGAUACGAAAGCAGGAGUUAAGACAGAAUCCCAUUCCUCUUCUAGCAAAACAGGCACAAAAGUAAUCCUCGUACUGUUCGGAUUUGUGGCUGUGGCGGCCUUCUCCUUCUUCCUAUACAAGCUAUGGCAGAAGAAGAAAAGAGAUGAGCAGUAUGCUCGACUGUUGAAGCUGUUUGAGGAAGAUGAUGAACUGGAGGUUGAAUUAGGUCUUCGGGAUUAGAAACGCCAAUUUGUCAACAAAGGCCUCAUCAUGUAUGUUUGUGUUCGUUUUGUCCGAUCAUGUAGGUGGAACUUAUGGGCAUUUAAAUUUCAAGUAUAUAUAAUAUACGCACACUUUGAUGGGUAACUGAUGUAGCUGUCUUGUCACUGAUCAUCAUCAUCAAUUCAUCAUUAUCCUCUCUAGACGAUUGUUUUCUCGUUGGAAUAUAAACUAUCAAAACUUGUGGAAUUCUC